GGGGCACGCCAAACGGGAAAAAAUUACAAAUGAAGCUCAAAAGACUAGGAUAUAGGAUAUUACUGGCCAACCAUGAUAUCCGACUGCAUUGAAUACGCCAAAAGCUGCAAGGUCUGCAAGUACCACGCAGACUAUAUUCACCAGCCUCCGGAACCAUUGCACGUCACAACAUGCUCAUGGCCAUUUGCCACCUGGGGGAUGGACAUCAUCGGAGCCUUCACGCCACCGUCGUCAGCAGGGCAUCAGUCUUUAUUGGCCGCUACCGACUAUUUCUCUAAGUGGGCCGAAGCGAUUGCUGUAAAUGAUUUCAAAAGCACAACGGUGUCCGAGUUCAUACGAACCCACAUUAUCUACCGGUUCGGAAUUCCAGACAGCAUCAUCUCCGAUAACGAGCAACCCUUCAUAAAUUGGCAUGAGUGGCUCCCGGAGGCCUUGUGGGCAUACCGAACUACGUGUCGGACUCCGGCUCAAGCGACACCAUACUCGUUGGUCUUCGGAAGAGAGGAAGUUUUGCCCCUCGAAGUUCAAAUACCCUCUUUGCGGGUAGCAAUCCAGGAAUCCCUCACUGAAGAGGAAAGCGCCAUAAUCCGACUCGCGGAGCUCGAAACUCUCGAUGAAAGGAGGUUUCAAGUGCAGCAGAACUUGGAGAUCUAUCAACAAAGGAUGGCCUUCAACAAACGGGUCAGACUACGCUCUUUCAAGAAGGGAGACUUAGUCCUCAUGGUACGAACGCCGAUUAUUAUCAACCGACGGACCGGGGGAAAGUUAGAGCCUAAAUGGGAAGGCCCCUACGUCAUCGAAAAAGUCUACUCAAAUGGAGCAUACCUGCUCAUCACCAUGGACGACGAACAAAUCAUUCCUCCUACAAAGACUCGAUUCCUGAAAAAUAAAAGACUACCCUUUCAGAAAAACGCUCCCUGAUACGAGCCUAAACCUUCCCCCCAUUAUGUAAUACUCCUGGCCCGCACGAGCAUAAACUGUUCACGGCAAA